AAGUUCUGGAUGCGGUUUAUUCAAAUACUGUACGUUAUGUAUAAUUGUCGAAAAAUUUCCCCCAAAUACACGACGUGGGGGGGAAAAAGUGACAUUUCCCCUAAAUAACCGACGUAAAGUCGAAAAAGCGACAUUUUCCUUUAUUUACGCUCGCGUUCGCUUUAUUUCCCCUUUUUCGGUUGUCUGGGAAAUUACUUUGAUUCGUCACAUUAGUUUGCAAUUGGUCAGGUAUUUCAACUUAAGUUACAAUGCCCAAACAGAGCUUAACCGGGAAAUAAAGGCGAAUGCCCGUAAAACUUAGUGUGAACUUACGCUGAAUUGCACCAGGAUAUUUCCAUUUGCGUGUGCUCUAUGGGAAUAGACGUUUGGUCUGAAUAUCUUAAAGCGCGCUUUAAGAUAUAUAUCGCGAGAUAUAUCAAAACUCAAAACUGCACCUUUACCCAAAUCUACACUAAAUAAUCCACCUUCUGACUACCUAAUGCCUUGAACAUCAAUCACUUACCUAGGGAAGCCGAAUUUGCACGCCUUUGACCUUAUGAUGAAGAACGGUUCAUGAAAUUUGUUUACAGGAAUUAUAGACACAGUCCACACAAAUGUGAUCAACAUUGGAGUGCCAGUCACACGUUCUGAGUAACAGGUAUGUUUAUCAUCGAUUGAUAUCUGGAAAAAUCUAGCAGUUUAUAAAGGUUCUUAAAUAAGUUCGUUUCUUAUUGUGAACAAGUUUCAGUUUGGUAGGGACAGGAGGCUUGAUGGCCUGUGUUAGUCUUGGCAAUGAUGGUCUCUCAGUUGAUCCGACUUUCUUCUGAAAGAGUCGACGGAUGGAUCCUCAACCACGUGCUAAGGUAAUGAAUCCCACUCGUUGAUGAUUCGAUGGGAAAUUCGAUAGUCAGCUGACAAGUAAUUUUUCCUGGGCUUGUGAACUUUUCUGAAGUGUCCUCGUAAAUUCUCUGUUUGGGAUGACAAGAAAAAUGAAGGCACAUCAGGUGCGAAUUUAUCACUUAGCGAUUUGAAAACUGUAAUCAAGCAGCCUUUAGUUCUGCAAUAUGACAACAGGGAUCGGUUUAGCUUGGCCAGUCAAGCAUCAUACGGGAGCUUUGCUAUUCCGGUGAUCAGCUUAGUUGCUGUUCUCUGAAUCUCUUCCAAAAGUUCAAUGUCUUUUUUUAAGUAGGGGUUAGCCGCUUGUAUGUAGUACUCAAGUUUAGGACACACAAACACUGUAUACAAAGUCAGAAACGUUUUAGCGCCGACAUGACUAAAGGCCCUACGUAUUGACCAUAAAGUUCUAAAACCUCUGGUGGCUAUUGCACGACAGUGUGCAGUAGUCUUUAAGUCUUGGUUGACGAUGACUCCUAAGUCAUUUUGUCUGGACAACAGGUAGCUCAGUGUUAUUCAUCGUGUAUGCAUCUGUACCUUGAUGGCCGUUAUGCAUCACAAUACACUUUGAAGUAUUUAUUGGCAACUGUCAGGUUUGAGACCAUUCAGAUAAUUUCUCCAGGUUAUUUUGGAGUUCUAAGCUAUCACCCUUACUUCGUAUCGCUCUCCAUAUCUUGACAUUGUCAGCGUAUAUCAAGACUGAUGAUUAUAGUAGACGAGGAAGGUCAUUUAUAUAUACGAGGAAUAACACUGGAUACUAAUUUAUAUGAACUUCUAACACCUCCCCAUAUGUCUCCUUACAUCACGUACAGGUGUGAAUAUCGAAGUGUGUGUAUAGCGUAAUUUAUUUUCAAAGACUAACCAUCACAGUAUAGACGAUUACAGAGAGAGAUAGUGAGAUUACUCUCCCUACCCUCGACUGUACUAGGGCAUUUCGGACUAUUGAGUAGUUUUAAAAAUAGAUCUUGCAUAACAAACCUGCCAGAUAUUUUAAAAGACCUCAUACAUCCUUACAACUAGAACCGGGGCCGCCAACUCUAGUUUCGGAAUAAUAACUUUGCUGAUUAGGCUACUCUAGAUCCACAGUAGAGCAGCACCCACCGUGUAGGUUGCCUCUGUGGACUCGUGCGUUACUGGUCAAGGGUAAAUCCAUCGCAUCUUCAUCCACACUUUCCGCUUUGACACUGUAUUUUGAAUCUGUUUGGAGAAGUAGUGCUUGAUUUACCUGUGUCAGAAGUGUACUGUGAACUCGCGACAAUGUAGAACCAGAGUUUAUCAUCACUAUAGCUUAUUACCACCUUGGAUUACCAAUCAAUCUACUUAGGUACGUUGAGCUAGGGUUAUCCAAUGUACAAAUGAAUGUUAAUGGUUUAUCAAUAGCAAUUCGAAUGAACAAUUAGGCUCAAUUGUUCCUUGUGGGAUUGAUGAUACCUUCAUGACCGGUGUUUAUAGUGUUUAUAAUAAUCCUUCAAACUUCAGUCGGAUGAUUUCAUUUACGAUUUCCAAAUAUAUACAGUAGGGAAACCUUGAGCUUUAUGGUCAAACGUCUAACAGUUAUGUUUCUGUCGAAUCAGUCACCGUCAUACUUGACUCGCCGGCUUAUUCUGAAGUUUGAGUUAACUGUUAGUUAUGGUAGGUGUGUAGUUAGGGGACGUCGUCUUAACGGUAUGAUGGCAAAUGUACUUUGUGGGCUGAUUAAGGUUUUUACCUAAAGAGUCAAGCUAUUCAUCAUCAUUGAGAAUCUGACUUUUGGAUAUUAAACAUUAACAUAGUGUCUGAUUUCCCUUUGGACAUUAUGUACUUGAUUUACUAAGGCCUCGCCAAAUAUGAGAUUUCUUUGUGAAUAGGAAUAUAGGUAAAACUGUUAUUGCUACCAUUAAUAAAUCCGUCCUUCAAUAGUGUACCUGGUGGCACCGGAUUAUUAUCUGUUUCCUUCCCCUAUCAACUGGAGGUAUUGAAAACUGAAAACGUGUCGUCAGCAAGAAGAUAUGGAGAACAGACUUGUAAAACUAUGGGUUUCUUCUAUAAUUAAGUUAUGAGACCAGAAUUACCUACUAGUUAUGCUUUACUUGGAAGUUAAUUCGUGAAUUCUCGUCACACAUUUCUUGAGAGCUAAUUAUUCUACCCGGUCGCUCAAUACGAUGUUUGUUGAGCAGCGUUCAAUCUCAGGACUUAGUGUUCAAAUGCUGAACCCUUUAUCUAUAAAGCUGAUACUGAUUAACAAAUAUUCAUACUAUACUCUUCGUCCUUUAUGACUGUUUGAUUAAGGAAAUGUAUAGCUGCUCUCAAUAUCCAAGCUAAUAGAAAUCUUAUAUGUUAAUAGCAUAUCUUGCGAAAUCGUAUGAGUGAUGUUUUUUGUUUGUAAAAUAAAUCUACCCACAAACAAAUGUUCAAUCUAUUUCUAUAUUAUUGUUUGUUGUUUUAUAUUUUAUUCUACAAUUCAGUAUCUGGUGUUCUUCGGUACAUUAGUUAAUUGUGUAUUAAGAUUGUACUAUCAUCACUUGUUCUUAAUCACUCAACUGUACUAAUAUUGGUCGAAGACCUUGGAAACCCCUUGCUGUUAGAAUAAUAUACCAAAAUAUAUGGCUAAUUUGCGAGCUUUCAUUGUUGGUAGUACUGGCGAAACAGGAAAAGCAUUAAUCAAAGCCUUAGCUAAAGAUACAAGAUACAGUUCUAUCAAAUUAAUUCAAAGGCGUAAAACAGAUGUUGAUUAUGGUUUUGAAAACAAAGAUUCUGAAAAUCGUUUCACUCAGAUCAUUAUAGAUUUCGACCAUUUAGAUGACUAUCAAGAAGUAUUUCAAGAUACUGAUGUGGGUUUUUGUGCCUUUGGGACAACCUUAAAAAAAUCAGGAAAGGAAAAAAUGAGGAUAAUAGACCAUGACUAUGUAAUUCAUAUUGCAAAGUUAAGUUCUGCAGCUGGCUGUAAAGAAUUUCAUCUUGUCAGUUCAAAAGCAGCAAAUAAAACAAGUAUCUUUUUUUAUCUUCAACUUAAAGGUGAAACAGAAUCAGAUUUAAUAUCACUUAAUUUAUUUCCUAAAUGUCUUGCAAUUUAUCGUCCAGCUACUUUAUUAUGUUCACGUGUUGAAUCACGACUAGCGGAAAGAGCUUUUCAAAUUUUAUUGAAACCUUUCGCAUAUCUUGCACCUACAUUAUUAACAACACCAAUUGAUAUCCUUGCAAAGGCUAUGGCUAAUGCUCCAUUUAGUUCAAAAUUAAAAACUGAUUUAUCUGUACAGCAAGAAAAAUCAUUACCUAAAAAUGUGUAUAUUUUUGAAAAUUCUGAUAUUUUCUUACUUGCAUCAGACAACAAAGAUAUAUAAUUAUUCCAUUGAGAUUGUGCUCUAACUUUGAGGUAAGUUCUUAUUCCAUUUUGCCGGUAUUUUACAUCAUUCCACUAACACUUUAUUCAAUUCAUAAAUCCGUGGAUUUACUUCACCUAUCUUAAUAUCUUUCAUAAUCCUCAUGUAUUGAUUAUAACUUAUAUUCUA